AUGGGAAUUGGAGAUGGUGCAAAUCAAACCAUUGUUACAGAAUUAAUUCUUCUAGGAUUUGGAGACCUUCAGCAUCUGGAUAUGGUUUUUUUUCUGCUGUUCCUAGUGAUCUAUGUCUCUACUAUGGUUGGGAACAUGCUCAUCAUAGCACUAGUUGUAUUGAACCAUAACCUUCACACUCCCAUGUACUUUUUCCUUGGGAAUCUGUCCUGCUUGGAGACUUUCUACACAUCUACAAUCUUGCCCAAAGUUCUUGUCAGCUCCCUGACUGGAGACAAAGCCAUUUCCAUUCCUGGUUGCAUUGCCCAAUUCUAUUUCUUUGCAGCUUUGGUAGUUACAGAAUGUGGCCUGUUAGCUAUAAUGUCUUAUGACAGGUACCUAGCAAUAUGCAAACCCCUGCAUUAUGCAACAAUGAUGAAUAUGAAAGCCUGCCUUUUCAUGGCUUCUGUGUCAUGGAUUAAUGGGUUUCUGGCAAUGUCGGUAAUGAUGUAUCUGAUGUCAAGGUUGACUUUCUGUGUCCCCAAUGAAAUUGACCAUUUCUUUUGUGACCUUAGCCCUGUAGCGAGAAUAUCCUGCAGUGACUCAAAAAGUUUUGAACUGACGGGAGCCAUAUUCUCCACCAUCUUCACCAUGCCUCCCUUUUUAUUGACUCUUACAUCAUACAUGUUUAUCAUCACUGCCAUUCUGAGGAUCCCUUCUGCCACUGGUAGGAAAAAGGCCUUCUCCACCUGCUCUUCUCACCUGCUUGUAGUUACAAUCUAUUAUGGGACUCUAAUUACUGUCUAUGUGCUCCCUAAUACUGAAAAUAUAAGGAAGCUAAACAAAGCGUUCUCAGUUUUUUACACCAUUCUAACACCACUGGUCAACCCCCUCAUAUACAGUCUGAGAAACAGAGAGGUGAAAGAGACCCUUAGGAAAUCUAUUGGUAAACUUAUUCAUGGCAUAAGAUCAUGGAAAUUCAAGGCCUUGUCUUUACAGUAG